AUGAAUGAAUAUUAAUCAUAUACUUCUGAUAAUCGUAAAUCAAAAUAAACUAUAAAUACUAUUGAAGAACUUAAUAAAAAUCAAUCAUUUAGAAUUCUCAAAUUGUAAACAUCUGGAUUAGGUAAGUUAAAUAAUAGUAGUAAAAGAAACCUAUAAAAUUUUGAUAUUUCUUAAGUCUCUACAUCUAUGCCAUUAAGGUAAUUUCCUCUUUUAUUAUUCUUAUCAGUUAGAAGAACAUGUUAUCAUUUUUAACUCAUGAUGAAUCUAAGCGUAUAAAUUCUUAUGAAUAAUUGUUUUAAGAUCUAUAACAAUCCAAGUAAUAAGUCAACAAUCUUAAAGAUGAGAACACUAAACUAAGAACCAAAGUAUAACAUAAUGAAGUAAGUUGUAUUGUCUAUUAUUAAGAGAGAAUUCUUAAAAUAUGAGAAUUUAAUAGAGGAUUUAACUACUCAAAAGAAAUCAAACAAUUAAGAUUUACAAAUUAUCUCAUUACGCAAGUAAGUGAAAGAUAAAAGCUAAGAAUUAGAAGAUAAAAUAAAAGAGUUGGAACUUUUAAAGAGAAAUAGUAAAGUAUCUAAAUUAUAAGAAUUGGAGGUAAUGAUGGUUUAAUUUAUUAUAGAUUGAAAAAAAAGUUUAUUUUGAAUAAAAUCUUAUGAUGAAGCAUAUGUUAUAAAUGGCCUAAGAUUAAAUUUAAUACCAAAAAUCCAAAUUAGAAUAAGAAUAACAAUUAGAAUCACAAUUAGAUGUUUGUCAUGAAUAACUUUUUUAAUUAUAAUAAUAAAAUAAUAAUUAACUUGAGAUUAUUAAAAAAAGAGAAUAAACAAUAAAAGAAAUGAAAAUUCAAUUAAAAAAUCAAUCUAUUAAAUAAUAAUAACUACUUUAAAAAUAAUAAUCAUUUUAAUAAAAAUAUGAUAAUUUAUUAUUACUUUAUUAAUCCAUAAAAGGAAAUAAUAGUAAUACAUAAAUAAAAGAUACAUCUAUCAAAUUCCCAAAAGAUCUUAUUUUAUUGAAAUUACAUUAGAAGAGAAUCACAAUGAAUUAAUAUAAUGAUGCAAUUGAUGGAUUAAAAAAGACAAAAAAUAAACUAGAGUUUAUUAUGCUGUUGUAAUAGUAAGUAUAUUGAUUUUAAUAAAAUAGAGAACCAUUUUAAUUAACUGAAACUGAAUCAUAAUAAGUUAUAGAUAAACUAACAGGAACAUAAACAUUAUAUUAAUAAUUUAUUACUUAAUUAAGUUAUCAUACCUUAGAAGGUUUGGAUGAAUAAUAGGCACAAUAAUUAAUCAAUAAGGUAUUCCAAUAAGUAGCGUAUAGUCUCUUUAAUCUAAAAAAGAUCGUGUAAGAUAGUAUUGGAUUCAAUACAAAUACAAAAAAGUUGGAAGAGAUGAUAUAAUAAAAUUUAUAAAGGCCAUGAAUUUUAAUUGGGAUUAAUAGAUAAUAUCUUAUUUUCUAUUAGAAGUAUUUUAAUUUGUUUAAUUUAAGAUAUUUUAAAAUACAAUCUCAAAUAAUAAUGUAACAGAUAAUAAUAGUGAAUAGAAUUCAUAAAGUAUGAGAGUAUCAAUAGAUAUCAUAACAAAUCCUUUUUAAAGAUAAUCACAUCAUAAAAAUUCAAAUGAAAUCUAAUAAUAGGAUAGCUUUAUUAGAGAUCUAAAUGAGUAAUAGAGUAAUUAAUAGGUCAUUGACAAUUUUAAUCUAAAUGAAGAAGUCUUAAUUAAUCAAUUUUUCCCUGCUGAUGAAGAAGAUAAAUAGUUUGAAAUAAUUAGUAGUAAUCCUCAAGAUAAAUUAAGUUCAAAAUAUCAAUAAUAGAAUGAAAUUUAAGAGGUGAAUGAGGAGGAUAUGUUUAGUUCUAAACCAUAAGAUGAGGAUAAUAUUAAUGAUAUGGCAUAUUUAGAAAGCAAUCAAUAAGAAGAAAUAAUUUAGGAAGUAAAAAGCAUUUAAAUUUUGA